GGGACUCUAAACAAGCCUCUGUUUUUGCUGCGCACUUUCACGCUUUACCGAGCAAACAUGUAAAAAGUAGUCCGUCUAGCCGAGCUACAGUUCACCGAACCAGACCCGAGCUCAAGCCCAUGCCGGCCGGGACACUCUAGCGGCGGCGUCGACACUCAUUUUGUGGCGGAGAGAUGAAGGAGGCGCGGGGCUGCAGCAUGCGGAGCGCCGUCGGGUUUCUCUCCCGCAGGACGAUCGACGGACACCCGCAGCUGAAGGAGGAGUUCCAGCGCCGCAGACUGUCCGGCUGCUCUAGCCUCUACAAGAAGGACAUGCUCGGACACUUCGGCUGCGUCAACGCCAUCGAGUUCUCCAACAAUGGAGGCCAGUGGCUGGUGUCCGGGGGAGACGACCGCAGGGUGUUGCUGUGGCACAUGGAGAAAGCAAUACACUCACGGGCAAAACCAAUGAAGCUGAAGGGGGAGCACCUGUCCAACAUCUUCUGCCUGGCGUUUGACAGCACCAACAAGCGUGUUUUCUCAGGAGGAAAUGAUGAGCAGGUGAUUCUGCAUGACGUGGAACGUGGGGAGACGCUCAAUGUCUUCUUGCAUGAUGACGCCGUGUAUGGUCUGUCCGUCAGUCCGGUUAAUGAUAACGUCUUCGCCAGCUCCUCUGAUGACGGAAGAGUUCUCAUAUGGGAUACCAGAGAGCCACCACAUGGAGAACCGUUCUGCUUGGCCAACUACCCCUCAGCAUUUCACAGUGUGAUGUUUAACCCUGUUGAGCCUCGUCUGCUGGCCACUGCAAACUCUAAAGAGGGAGUUGGACUAUGGGAUAUCCGCAAACCCCGCAGUUCUCUGUUGCGGUACGGAGGCAGUUUGUCUCUUCAGAGUGCCAUGAGUGUUCGCUUUAACAGCACGGGGACGCAGCUGCUGGCUCUGCGCAGACGUCUGCCACCCGUCCUCUAUGAGCUCCACUCUCGUCUGCCCAGCUUCCAGUUUGAUAACCAGGGCUACUUCAACUCCUGCACUAUGAAGAGCUGCUGUUUCGCUGGCGACCGAGAUCAGUACAUCUUGUCUGGCUCUGAUGAUUUUAACCUUUACAUGUGGAGAAUUCCCACUGACCCUGAAGCAGGAGGCGCGGGUCGAGUGGUGAAUGGGGCCUUUAUGGUUUUAAAAGGUCAUCGGUCCAUUGUGAAUCAGGUCCGCUUUAACCCUCACACGUACAUGAUCUGCUCCUCCGGGGUGGAGAAGGUCAUCAAGGUUUGGAGUCCGUAUAAGCAGCCAGACAGUUUAGGAGAUCUAGAAGGCCUGGUGGAAGACAAGUCUCGCUCUCUCUACACUCAUGAGGAAUACAUAAGCCUGGUACUCAACAGCGGGACCGGCCUGUCACACGAUUAUGUCAGCCAGUCAGUGCAGGAAGACCCUCGAAUGAUGGCCUUUUUUGACUCACUGGUUCGGCGUGAGAUCGAGGGCUGGAGCUCGGACUCUGACAGCGAUUUGAGCGAGGGUGCGAUUCUGCAGCUGCAUGCCAGAGCCCGGCGGUCGACCCGCUCCACACGAUCCACACCACGAUCUCCUGCUGCUGUGUCUGCCGCUCAUCAUAGCGACUCCGAACACUCGUCUUCAUCUUCUCUAGCGGGACCUGAUGUGUCCGGGAGCGAACGGACGGAUCAGGAUAGAAGUGGGUCACAGAGGAACCGGGCCAGACCACGUGCGUCUGCGUUUCUGCUUGAUCUUGUGAACGAGGAUUCAGAUUCCAGUGGGUUUUGGUUAGACCCGAUGCCCCGUCCCAGAUCCCCUAGCCCACGUGAAAACUCAAGUCUUUCUAGCCACGCCUCCUCAGCGGGCGUAGCCUCCAGUUCAAGCUCCUCCCCCAGCUCAUCUUCUAGCUCCUCCUCCAGCACUGAUGGAGUUGACGAGGAGCUGCGCAGGAGCAGGAUGCGACAGCGCAAUGCAGCCAGAUGGCGCCGCCAUAUUGGCUUUUCUCCAAGAGACUCGGCCCAAACACUUCACAGCGCCACAGACUCCUCCAACUAUCCCAACAUUUCCAUCCACGAUCAGUCGUCCCCCUCUUCGUCCUCAGGUGACGAAGAUCGGCCUUUCAGAAAUCGUGGAAAACAAAAGCCAAGUCCGUCGCACUUAUCUGACAGGCAAUCGCAGUCCAGAUGUAGGCGCCGCAUCACUUCUUCCUUCUCAGGGGCUGGGGACGGCCCUUUGGAGAGGGCGAAAUCCCGAGCAGGCUUUCUGGCGGAGUCUGGGGAGGAACUGGAGCGAGGGAGAACUAGCGGAGAAGAGUUGAGUACUGUGGAGGAUUUAAACCUGACACUCAGCAGUCGGACCACAGUGGCUGGUGUUAACGGACGUCCACAUAUUGAUGAGAACUGUGGAGACUCUAUACACCCAGAAUGCUCUGGGGUAGAACUCGGUAAGAGCGCUGGUGAUUCCAGGACCCAGGGGGAGCCCUCUGAGCGGGAGAUCACCAGUGUUGCUGGGAAACGAACUUGUUCGGACUCAGGAGACGAGGAUGAUUCUCCAUCGGAGAAGAGGGCGAAGACGUGGUGAUGUCACAGCACAACUCACUGGCUCAGAGUCAAACUUGUGUUGAGUUGUUCAUCCUUAGACUCUUUUUGGUUUAUCAUUUCUGAACCAAGUUCUCUUUUUCUCUUUAUAUGAUGUCAUGCGUUCUGGGGUCACACCGCAGUGAUGACACUAAAAAAAAAAAA